GGAAGUUUAGCGGCUGGACGAAAAGGGAAGCUUUUUGGAGCUGAGUGGACGCCCUAGGUGUGGGGGGGAUCUGGGCGCAGCCAUGGACUGUUACACUGCGGACUGGAACCCCCUCGGGGAAGCGGCCUUCUAUCGGAAGUUUGAACUGUACAGCAUGGACUGGGACCUGAAGGAACCCCUCCGAGACUGCCUGGUGGCUGCAGCUCCUUAUGGAGGCCCCAUUGCUCUGUUGAGAAACCCUUGGAAGAAAGAGAAGUCACCCAGCAUUCGACCAUUACUUCAGAUUUAUUCAUCCUCUGGAGUGGCUCUAGCCAGCUUGCUGUGGAAGAGUGGGCCGGUAGUGUUACUGGGUUGGUCGGCAGAGGAGGAGCUGCUGUGUGUGCAGGAAGAUGGCUCUGUGCUGGUCUAUGGGCUGCAUGGUGACUUCCGGAGACAUUUCAGCAUGGGCAAUGAGGUGCUCCAAAACCGGGUUCUGGAUGCCCGGGUAUUCCACACGGAGUUUGGGUCAGGGAUCGCUAUCCUCACCGGUGCCCAUCGUUUUACACUCACUGCCAAUGUGGGUGACCUCAAGCUUCGUAGGAUGCCUGAGGUGCCAGGGCUCCAGGCUCUGCCCUCAUGCUGGACAGUUUUGUUCCAAGACCGAGUGACCCUUGUGCUUUUAGCCAUUGGUCCUGACCUCUACCUGUUAGACAAUACGGCCUGCUCGGGGGUGGUACCCCCUGGUUUGGCUCCAGGAGUGAGUGACUUCCUCCAGAUGGCUGUGUCCUUCAAUUAUCGAUACCUGGCAUUAUUCACCGAUACGGGCCACAUUUGGAUGGGCCUGGCUUCACUUAAGGAGAAGCUGUACGAGUUCAACUGCAACAUUCGAGCCCCGCCCAAGCAGAUGGCCUGGUGUAGUCGUCCAAAGAGCAAGCAGAAGGCCAUUGUGGUGGCCUGGGAGCGACGCCUUCUGGUGGCUGGUGAUGCACCCGAAAGCAUCCAGUUUGUACUAGAAGAGGAUUCCUACCUAGUGCCCGAGCUGGAUGGAGUCCGGAUCUUCUCACGGAAUGGCCAUGAGUUUUUGCACGAAGUUCCAGUGGCCAGUGAAGAGAUCUUCAGGAUUGCCUCUAUGGCCCCAGGAGCCCUUCUGCUAGAAGCUCAGAAGGAAUAUGAGAAGGAAAGCCAGAAAGCAGAUGAGUACCUCCGGGAGAUCCAGGAGCGGGAACAGCUGCCCCAGGCAGUACGGCAGUGUAUCGAGGCUGCUGGCCAUGAGCACCAGCCUGAGAUGCAGAAGAGCCUGCUCAGGGCAGCCUCCUUUGGAAAGUGUUUCAUUGACAAGUUUCCACCGGACACCUUUGUGCGCAUGUGUCAGGACUUGAGGGUGCUGAAUGCUGUGCGGGACUAUCCCAUUGGAAUCCCCCUCACCUACACCCAAUACAAGCAGCUCACUAUUGAAGUUUUGCUGGACAGGCUGGUGUUGCGGCGACUGUAUCCUCUGGCCAUCCAGAUCUGCGAGUACCUUCGACUUCCUGAGGUUCAGGGCAUCAGUCGCAUCCUGGCCCACUGGGCCUGUUACAAGGUGCAGCAGAAGGAUGUGUCUGAUGAGGAUGUUGCUCGUGCCAUUAACCAGAAGCUUGGGGAUACGCCAGGGGUCUCCUACUCCGAUAUCGCUGCCCGCGCCUAUGGCUGUGGCCGCACUGAGCUCGCCAUCAAGCUAUUGGAAUAUGAGCCACGAUCUGGGGAGCAGGUGCCACUUCUGCUGAAGAUGAAGAGAAGCAAAUUGGCCCUGAGUAAAGCCAUUGAGAGUGGGGACACAGACCUAGUGUUUACAGUUGUCUUGCACCUAAAGAAUGAGCUGAAUCGUGGAGAUUUCUUCAUGACCCUCAGGAAUCAGCCUGUGGCCCUGAGUCUAUAUCGACAGUUCUGUAAGCACCAGGAGCUAGAGACGCUGAAGGAUCUUUACAACCAAGACGACAAUCACCAGGAGCUUGGCAACUUCCACAUCCGGGCCAGCUAUGCUGCUGAGGAGCGGAUCGAGGGCAGAGUCGCAGCCCUUCAGACUGCAGUUGAUGAGUACUACAAGGCCAAGAAUGAGUUUGCUGCUAAGGCCACAGAGGAGCAGAUGCGGCUGCUGCGGCUGCAGCGGCGCCUGGAGGAUGAGCUGGGUGGGCACUUCCUGGACCUGUCCUUGCACGACACUGUGACUUCUCUCCUCCUCAGUGGGAACAACAAGCGUGCCGAGCAGCUGGCCCGGGACUUCCGAAUCCCUGACAAAAGGUUCUGGUGGUUAAAGCUGACUGCAUUGGCUGAUCGGGAAGACUGGGAAGAGCUAGAAAAGUUUUCCAAAAGCAAAAAAUCACCCAUUGGGUAUCUGCCCUUUGUUGAAGUGUGCAUGAAGCGACGCAACAAAUUCGAGGCCAAGAAGUUUGCUGCCCGAGUGAGCCCUGAGCAGAAAGUCAAGGCUUUCCUCCUUAUUGGGGAUGUGACGCAGGCUGCCGAUGUGGCCAUUGAGCGUCGCAAUGAGGCAGAGCUGAGCCUCGUCCUGUCCCAUUGCACGGGGGCUUCAGACGGAGCCACAGCUGACAAAAUUCAGCGUGCCAGGGCCUUGGCUCAGAGGAAGUGAGGAGCCCUCCGGCACGCCCCUCCUCCUCACUGCAAGCCUGUCUCUGAAGUGGCUUUGAAGGGGUGGGGGGGCAGGGUGUGGUUGAAACUGUAAAUAAAGUCUAAAUACUUCACA